ACACGACGGCCAGAGCAGCCCAUGGUUGACCCAUUACAUCAUCAAGAGCGAACACCACGUCGAGCUAUCUUGAGCCAGGCGCUUCACAUAACCCGUGGUCUUGCUGUUUCGAUCGAGGUCCAAGACGAUUUCCAGGUUUGCCAAAUUGGGCAAUCUCACUGCAAAUCAAGUGCACGUUGA